CCCGGGAUCAGCGUUAAUUUCUCUCUGUUAACGACCAACGAACAACCGAACUUCCUGUCUAUAAAAUGGCAGCUCCUCUUUAAUAUAAUUCAGACCCACAACCCCUUGACUGCUAUACAUUGCAGCAAGCAUAGUUCAAGACUCUAUAGUGUGGAGCUCUGGAGGUGGGGAAAUGGCUAAUGCCACUACAUUUUCACUAAUGUUGCAGUUUUUCUUCAUAACUUUUUGUUGUCUGAGCUAUUUUAGCUUUGCCUUCACUUCUCAAGACUAUGCUAAUGCUCUUGAAAAAUCUAUCCUCUUUUUUGAGGGUCAGAGGUCAGGCAAAUUGCCGUCUAACCAACGGCUAACAUGGAGGGGGGACUCUGGGUUGUCUGACGGUUCUACUUAUCACGUGAACCUAGUUGGUGGUUACUAUGAUGCGGGUGAUAAUGUCAAGUUUGGCCUUCCAAUGGCCUUCACAACUACAUUGUUGGCAUGGAGUGUCAUUGAAUUCGGUAGCUCGAUGCAGAAUCAGAUUGAAAAUGCCAAAGCAGCCAUUCGGUGGAGCACUGACUACCUUUUAAAAGCAGCCACUGCCACCCCUGACACACUAUAUGUUCAAGUUGGAGAUCCAAACAUGGAUCACCGGUGCUGGGAGAGGCCAGAAGACAUGGACACACCACGCAAUGUGUACAAAGUAACCAUCCAGAACCCGGGAUCUGAUGUGGCUGCCGAGACAGCUGCUGCAUUGGCUGCAGCUUCAAUUGUUUUCAAAGAGUCUGACCCUUCUUACUCUACCAAAUUGCUUCAUACGGCAAUGAAAGUAUUCGAUUUUGCAGACAGGUAUAGAGGUUCUUAUAGCAACUCCCUCAAUUCAGUAGUCUGCCCAUUUUACUGCUCUUACUCGGGAUACCAAGAUGAGCUUCUUUGGGGUGCAUCAUGGAUUCAUAGAGCGUCACAGAACGGGUCAUACUUGACUUACAUCCAGUCAAAUGGUCACACGAUGGGUUCUGAUGAUGACGACUACUCCUUUAGUUGGGAUGACAAGCGACCUGGGACUAAGAUUCUUCUUUCCAAGGAAUUCUUGGAGAAAACUACUGAAGAAUUUCAAUUAUAUAAAUCGCAUUCAGACAACUAUAUAUGCUCUCUAAUUCCAGGAACUUCUAGUUUCCAGGCCCAAUAUACACCCGGGGGGCUUUUUUACAAAGCAAGUGAAAGCAAUCUGCAAUAUGUAACCUCCACAACUUUCCUUCUAUUGACAUAUGCCAAGUAUCUUGGCUCAAAUGGAGGAGUUGCCAGAUGCGGUGGUUCAACCGUGACAGCAGAGUCGCUCAUCGCACAGGCGAAGAAGCAGGUGGACUAUAUCUUAGGUGAUAAUCCAGCAAGGAUGUCUUACAUGGUUGGAUUCGGUAAUAGGUAUCCGCAACAUGUUCAUCACAGGGGUUCCUCGGUGCCAUCUAUACACGCACACCCGAAUCGCAUUUCCUGCAACGAUGGGUUUCAGUUCCUCUACUCCAGCUCUCCCAAUCCGAAUGUCCUUGUUGGAGCCAUAAUAGGCGGUCCUGAUAACAGAGACAAUUUCGCUGAUGAUCGAAACAACUAUCAGCAAUCCGAGCCAGCUACGUAUAUCAACGCACCAUUUGUUGGUGCUCUCGCUUUCUUCUCAGCCAAAAAUUAACAGCACCUCCCACCAUCUCAUGUAAUGUCGUGUAGACGAAAGGUGUAAGAGAGCAAUUUAGUACAUUUAAGAUUGAGCAUCAUGCUUGCCACUCUA